CAGAUUGAUAUUCAGUGUUUUAUGCAAUAAUGAUGCAGAUUCAUCCCUUCUCUCCUUCCUCUCAUCCUUUCUCUAUCUCGCUCUGUCUCUCUUUCCCUCUCCCUCUCUUUUUUCUCUCACUCUCUCUUUCUCUGGGCGGAGAAAUGAAAAGUGGGAGGCGUGUCUGUCUUGCUCUUCACGGAAGAGAGCCGCAGAGUCUGAACCUCCGCGUCCGACAGGCGCAAGGACGAACCGGGACCCCCUGACUCCGGACCCAUCGCGGCCACAGGACGGGUUCUGGCCGGGCGGCGCAGCGACAUGCCAGCCAGGCGCGCCUGAAGCCGCGCAGACCGCAGCGCAGCUCCGGGAGGACGGACAGGAGACAUGGCCCACGUCGGCAACGGGGCGGCCGCCGAGGAGGAGGACUGCUUUGAGGAUGCCUUCGAUCGGAUACCUUCGGCUUGUCAGAUGGACCUGCAGACUGCCAUCCAGGAGACUCAGUGCGCUCUCAACCUCGUCCUCAACAACAGGUUCUCUCAGGCUCUGGACCUGCUGAAGCCGUGGUGGAAGCACAGCAUGUACCACGCUCUGGGCUACAGCAGCAUCCUGGUCAUGCAGGCCACCAUGACCUUUGACCAGAAGGACAUCCAGACGGCCAUGGAGACCAUCAAGCAGGCGCUGCAGACCUGCCACCGGUUCAGAAAGAGAAACUCGGUGGUCGUUUCUCUGUCCAGCCUGAUCAGCAAGCAGUCCAGCUUACAGGAAGAGGAAAUGCACGCAGAGCUCUGCUACGCCGAGUGCCUUCUGCAGAAAGCAACGCUCACUUUCAUACAGGAUGAGAACAUGAUCAGUUUCAUAAAAGGAGGAAUCAAGAUUCGAACAAGCUACCAAAUCUACAAGGACUGUCAGAACCUGCUGAACAUCAGCCAGGACAAGGCGGAGCAGUUAAAUUCGUUCAAACAGUUUGAGGGCGGAGUCAAGCUGGGCAUCGGCUCGUUUAACCUGAUGUUGUCUCUCCUUCCUCAGAAGAUUUUAAGGUUGUUGGAGUUUAUUGGCUUCUCAGGAAACAGGGGUUUUGGUUUGUCUCAGCUGAGGGAGGGAGCAGCCAGCCAAAGUCUGCGCUCCAUAAUCUGCGUGCUGACGCUGCUCUUCUAUAACACAUACGUGUCGCUGAUCCUGGGAACUGGGGAGGGGAACCUGACGGAGGCCGAAGCUCUGCUGGAGCCGUACCAACAAAAAUACCCCAAAGGCUCCAUAAUCCUCUUCUACUCUGCUCGCGUCGCCACCCUGCGAGGAAACUUUGAGAAGGCGAAGUCCAGGUUUGAGGAGUGCAUCAGCAGCCAGCAGGAGUGGAAGCAGAUCCACCACCUGUGUUACUGGGAGCUGAUGUGGACUCACUCCUUCCAGCAGGAGUGGCAGCAGGCGUACCGAUACGCUGACCUGCUGUGCAAAGAGAGCCGCUGGUCAAAGGCGAUCUAUAUGUACCAGAAAGCAGCGAUCCUCAGCAUGAUGACGGAAGAUGACGUGAGGAAGACUGGAGAAGACAUCGUAGAAGUCUUCAGGCAGGUGGAGGGGCUGAAACAGCGGCUGGCCGGAAAGUCGAUUCCCAUGGAGAAGUUCGCAGUGAGGAAAUCCAGACGCUACAAAGCUGCUCAGCCCGUCCCGCUGGUCAUCCCCGCUCUGGAGAUGAUGUACGUCUGGAACGGCUUCAACAUCGUUGGGAAGAGAGCCGACUACACCGAGUCCCUGCUGGUCACCAUCGAGAAAGCUGAGCAGCAGCUUCGCAACGACACAAAUCCGUCCGAGUUCCACCCAGAUGACAGCGGCCUGGUCCAGAUGCUGAAGGGUCUCUGCCUGAAACAUCUGGGCAGGUUGCUUCAGGCUGAGCUCUGCUUCACACAGGUCCUCUCCAGCGAGAGUCGGAUCAGAUACGACCACUACCUGAUCCCGUUCUCCCUCUAUGAGUUGGGUCUGCUGUACAAACAACAGGGCGACUUCGUUAAGGCCACCUCUUACAUCGAGAAAGCCAAGACGAACUACAAGGAUUACUCCAUGGAGUCCAGGCUUCACUUCAGGAUCCACGCGGCGCUCAGCAGCCUGAAAGGCUCGCCUGUCAGCACGCCGUGACCUCAGCUGGAAAACGUCCGGUUCACGUCACGCUUCCGCUUCAGCAUUCACACCAACAGAUCGCUUCAGCAUUCACACCAACAGAUCGCUUCAGCAUUCACACCAACAGAUCGCUUCAGCAUUCACACCAACAGAUCGCUUCAGCAUUCAGAUUCACACCAACAGAUCGCUUUCCGCUCCAUAAACCCGUCAGCCUGAUGAAGCUUUAGAUUCAGGCUCAGCUUUCUCAUUGUCAGUUUGUUCAGAAGUUAAUGAUCCAUUAAGGAAGUCGGAUUGAAUUUGUUCACAAAUGUUUCUGCUGCAUCUUUGAUUCACCAAAAAGCACAAAGUGAAAACCAAACUUAUUAUUCCAAAAAAGACCAAAACUUCUGGGAAAAAUGACAAGUGGGAUUUUAACUGCCUGUCUUUGGCUUUAUUUUACUUUAAUUAUUUUUUAAAAACACAAAUCAUGACCCUACACUACAAUAACUAAUAAUAAAAUUUGUGAUAAACUGCUAAAUUCCAGUACAGAUAGUGAAACCCUAAAGUCUCUGUAACAGGAGAAACGUUUAUUUCUAACUGCUUUAGUUCUGUAGAAACGCGUCAUGCAGUCACAGCCUUUUCACCAGUGGUGGCCUAAAUAAAUAAGCUGAAUUCACUCAUUCCAAGCUCACACACACACACACACACAAACAAGCUGCUACGCACAUCUGAAGGAGAUUACACACACAAACGGCGGUAAUUGCACAUUUUUAGCAGCAAUAGAAGAUUUUUAUGUUCUUGUUAUUGGAUGAUUUGUCAGGUUUUUGUUGGGUUCAUGCUGAGAAGCCGAAGGCUUUGAUUUAUUGUUGAGUUUCUCAAAUACAGAGCAGCUUUUGAUUCAGUCAAGGUUUUCUGCACCAUUAGUUAGCUUAGCGUCUAGCUAAGCUAGCUUGGCUAAAGCUAGCUGUAGAGGUGGCUAACACCAGUUCUUAGUCACCAGGAUCUCUGUAACAUUAUAAAUGUUGGAAACCCAACAUUAUUGUCUUUACUAGUUCAAACACGUCAGCAUUAACAUUAAUAUGUUUAAAUGUGGAGUUCCACAAAGUUGUGUACUCGGUACGCUAUGUUUUAAAUUUACGUUUAAGAUUAAAUAAAUA